AUGGGGAAAGAUUCCAGUACAUUGCAAAAAGGUGCUGUCGUCCAGCACAUCACCAAAGCUCAUAACCUGGAAAGUCAGCUGCCUGAAGGGAGCACGAGAUCUUUGGCAAAAACCAUUCGUUUCGUCACGCUGAAGCGCCGAACACUACCGAGUGAACUCCAACAAGCCGCACUAUCCAGACUUCUACGAUAUCUCUGUGUGCCUUUUGCUGCACUGCAGGAAACUCGCAUGAGAGAUCGAGCUGUUUGGGACGUCGCGUUCGUUUCUGACCACCGUCCAGUUCUUUUCAGCUUCACCAUACGGUUCCACAAGAGAAACCGAGCAGUUCCUCUUCAACCGAAAAACGACAUGGCAGUACGGACCAGGAAGAAGCUCAGCGAUGCGGAUUCCUUGACCGAGUGCACCCAGGACGCUGCAAGAGAAACGAUUCCGGUUCUAUUGCCGCGGAAGAAGUUUUACUUUGCAUCUGCGGAAACAAAAUCCACGUACAAUUCUGUUUGUGUCGCGCGCAGCACUGAUGACUUCAACCAGGAAAAGCGUCUUAGAAGGAAGCUGCGUCGUCAACUGCAACAACACCGCGAUAACGAGUGGACGCCAAGAGCGAUGGAGUUUGAAAAGGCGUGGGAGGACAAGAACUCGCGGAGAGCCUGUGAUCUACUAAAACCGUAUAGCGGCAAAAUGAAAAGUUGUUCUUUUGUCCUCAACACUGCCAAUGGAGGAGCUGUCGGUGAAGCAACCCUUUCAAUUUGGAGGGAACACUUCAAGGCGUUGCUGAACCGGAGAGUGAUUGAAAUCUGGCAGCAGUAUUCGAAGCCAAUGCAACUAGCGUUUCUGGACUUUGAAGCCGCGUUCGACUCUCCCCACCGAGACCGUCUUCUCAACGCGCUCCGCGCCAAUGGAGUAUCAGGGAAGUUCGUUCGAUUGCUUGACGAGAUGAAUCAACGAACAACUGCUGACGUUCGAACACCAGCCGGAUGUACAACACCGUUUGAGGUGGUAACUGGAGUAAGACAAGGGGCAGUGGAAGGACCCUUCCUGUUCAAUUACGCCAUCGACGACAUUAUGCGAACAACAGUUGAUCAGUGUCCUGCCGACAUUGUCUUAACACCAUCAGGACACCUCUUGACUUAUCUCGAGUGCGCUGACGAUGCUGUUAUAUUCAAGAAAAGCAGUACCAAACUUCAACACACAACAUAUACGUCCUGA